GACAGCGUGCGAACAAGUAGACACUGGUGCGCUCACAUUCAACGCGUGUGGUUUGGAACAGAAUGAGAUCACUGUGUUACUUGUGGCUUUUGGUACUUUGGCUACUUCCGGUAGUGCAGGGGGAAGGGGAUCCAGAGAUUGACUUUAUGCUCCUCGGCGUCAGUGGAACUCUGCAGGACGGCUUCGAACUCCGCCAUCGACUAAAUUACCGUCAUCCGCAAACCCAAAUGGACUAUCCCGCCCAAUUCGUCGGCACGGCUCUCGUCCCCGGUUACAAGGCGUACCUGGAUGUCAAGGAUAAAGGCUUUCGCGAGUACCGGGAAGCCAAUCCUCCCACCGUGCCAAACGCCGUAGUAAUGCCCACAGGCUGCGCGGCGCACGCCAACAUCUACCACGUUUUCUUUGUGCCCACACCUGUCCUUCUCAACGUAUUGGCCGGUGAACCACGCUUUCUGAGCAUCACACCCGAUACCGGUCUGGUGGACUUGCAAGCCGACGAGACCAGCGACACGGUCCGCCGGGUGGCGCGGUCCGUCAUCAAGGCGCAGCACAAACGGGACGACUCCCGUGUCGCGAUUCCGCUCGUCACGGGCGUAUGGUUCCACGACACUUUCGUCGAAUCUCCUCCCGUGUACGUCCGUGACGGUACCAAGGUGACCUCCUUUGACGGGGGACUGGCUGUUUGGGCGGGUGUGGAGCGGGAGGACCUCGUGGACGCGGACGCGACGGCCUGGGCCAACGUUCACACCAAAAUUCGUCAGUCGGAACGGCAAGCCCCGAAAGGGAUUCGACCAGGAACGUGCCGACAGAUCCGUUUCGGAGUGAGUGACGAACAAGCGCGUCUAAAUUUUCCGUUUACGUCUGCACAAGUGGAGGCUCUCCUCGCUCCCAACGACUCGGAACACUCCGAGCUCUAAGUGGACGAGGCCGGGGUAGGACGACACCUUUUUGCAUAACAAAGUAUAUCUUAGGAAUUGCAUCAACAUACGU